AUGAAGGGCCGUCUCGAGUCUCUCGACCCCUCCAGUUGCUCAAAAAAUUCCCCACGGAACCCGCCCGACGCGACGCACCUGGCACCCACAAACAGAAAACCCCACCAGCUGAUUCUGCGAGCCUGCAAGCUACUACGACUGUGUACGAAUACGGUCCUAUUGGUAUAUUGUUACGGAUACCUUGCCAUACCGCUGAUGCUGUUUCUGCUGCUGCUGCUGCUGGGCAUGAAUUGCAUCUCGUCUUCCUUGCCUCCUGUGCGCGGUGCUUGA